AUGCACCUAGAAAAUCAUUUUAAUGUAGAGAUAAGAUGCAGAGGGCAAGAACUGGAGCCAGUGUUGACACUACAACACGUGAGAGAUGCAAUCUGGAGAGGAAGCAGAGACAAUUCUUCUAAUUCACAAAACCUUACUUUGCUUCCAAACUCAUCUUCCUCUGAUCAUCUCAUGGUCCUCCAUUAUGGUAGGACUCUUUCUUAAUUUUAUAUUUUAUAUUUUUAUUUUUCUUCUCUAUUUUAUUUAUUGAUUUUUAUAUAACACCAUCAAUAAAAAUAAAUAACUGCCCCACCCUUUUUAUCUUUUAACUCAACAGCCCACCUUCUUCAAUUGUUUUUUCCCUCUCUUCUUUUUUUUUUUCUUUUUAAGCGGGUGGUUCGAUUAUUUAUUUUCCCUUAAGGCUUUUUUUUUUGUCGAAUGAUCGAUCAAGAACAAAAGAGUAUCUAGUUCGGUAGGAGUCUGCAUGCCCCGAUUGAUGUUUUUAUUGUUGUAUCUUCUGGGGUUGCGAGUAACAUUAACCCAUGAAAAAAUGUAUUAAAUAUUUAUAUUUUUCAUGUUAUUACUGUUACUAUUGCUAAGUGACUUCUUUUUGACAUAGUGAUUAAUAA